CUACGUUAACAUUCCGAAAUUGGUGGAUGUAUUGAAUGGUUACGAUCCCAAUGGCGAUUGGUAUUUGGGAAAGCCUAGCAUAAAGUAUAAAUAUCCAGUGUACAACAAAAAAACCAAGACAAAAACAAAGUUAUGGUUUGGAACGGGAGGCGCAGGGAUUUGUAUUAGCAGACCUCUAGUUACGAAAAUGAAGCCAUUUACAAUUGGCGACCAAUUUAUGCGCACCUGCUACGCUGUGAUCAAUGGGGAUGAUGUAACAGUAGCCUAUAUAGCACACUUGCAGAACAUAUCGUUAACGGUUAUAGAUAAAUUUCACUCCCACUUCGAAAAGUUUAAAUCGUUCCCUAGAGAAACCAUCGAGGAUGAGAUCGUACUCAGUUAUAAAGGCCCAAAUAUCCUGGAUAUUGAAGGGUUCGAUCUAAUAACCGACCCUACUAGGUUGAUGUCUCUGCACUGCAUCUUAUUUCCGAAUGCCGAUCUCUGUUCCACGAUGAAAAGGACAUACCCUACAACAAGUAAAACGAUUGAAGAUUCCGUAUAAUAUACAAAUGUAUGGCAAUUAAAAAUAUUGUACGUAAUCGGCGUCACCGAGGCGCAUAAAAACGGAAUACUCGAGAAAAUUUGGUGUAUAAAUAACGCUUG